AUGAAUUUACCGAAUUUUGGUAAAAAUGAUCUUAAGAAUAAAAUCAAGAAUAUAAAAAGCACUUACGUCCAGGAAGUAAAUAAAAUAAAGCGUACAAUUAAAUCCGGAAUGUCUCCUGAUGAGGCGUAUGUUUCGCAUUUGCCGUGGUUUAAAACCGCCGAUAGAUUUUUGAAGCAAGUAAUUAAUACCAGGGAACAGUAUCAUCCCUUGCAGCAACCUUCAACUUCAAGAGGAUCUUCUGCUAGUUACGGUCGUAAGUUUCCUUCAUUAGGUUCAACAUGCGAUCGCAGUGGUGUAUCAGAUUGCUCAGCUGAAUCCAUUGUCAGCGCUCUGUUGGAAAACGUUGGGUUGGAAGGCAAAGAUAACAUCUCAAAUGUAGUGGAUUGA